AAAGGGAGCGGACCUGCCAUUGUAGGGGCAGAGACUGGGCAGCGGCGUUAGCUUCCCCACCCCCCGCAGCACAGAGCCGCCGGCCCGGCGCGCAGCACAGCUCCCGGCCAGGGGAGCGCCAGCCUCCCCCGCAGAGGAGGACUAUUGAGGAGCUGGACUUUUAUCAAACUUGCAUCCGCUCUUCCCUCCCGCCCCCUCCCCUCUCUGUCCCUGCCUCCUCCUCCUCGCCUCCCCCCUUCCCUGGGCGAUGUUUAUUUGGGCAGCUGUGUGAGACGCGGGAGGAGGUGGGGAAUUUCUCUCUGCCUGGCUGGAGUGGUUAGAGAGAGACACACACUACUCUGGGGAAAGAAGGAAACAAAAUGUCUGCCAGAGCUGCGGCUGCUUCCUCCAAGAGCACAACAAUGGAAGAAACAGCUAUAUGGGAACAACACACAGUGACGCUUCACAGGGCUCCAGGAUUUGGGUUUGGCAUUGCGAUAUCUGGAGGAAGAGAUAAUCCCCAUUUUCAGAGUGGUGAAACUUCAAUAGUUAUUUCUGAUGUCCUGAAAGGAGGUCCAGCAGAAGGACUGCUACAGGAAAAUGACCGUGUGGCAAUGGUUAAUGGAGUCUCAAUGGAUAACGUGGAACAUGCAUUUGCUGUUCAACAGUUGAGGAAAAGCGGAAAAAAUGCCAAAAUAACUAUUCGAAGAAUGAAGAAAAUUCAGAUUCCAGUAGCCCGGCCAGAACCUGAGCCAGUAUCUGAAAAUGAGGAGGAUAGUUAUGAAGAGGAAAUGCAUGAUCCAAGAAGUGCACGCAGUGGGCCAGGUGUCAACAGAAGGCUUGAGAAGAGCUGGGUAAGAGACCGAAGUGGAAGCAGAGAGAGAAGUUUAUCGCCAAGAUCAGAUAGGAGAUCUGUUGCUUCCAGUCAGCCUGCAAAACCUACUAAAGUAACAUUGGUGAAAUCCAGGAAAAAUGAAGAGUAUGGUCUGCGCUUGGCCAGCCACAUAUUUGUGAAAGAAAUAUCUCAAGAUAGUUUGGCAGCAAGAGAUGGCAACAUUCAGGAAGGUGAUGUUGUAUUGAAGAUAAACGGCACAGUCACAGAAAAUAUGUCACUGACAGAUGCAAAGACUCUAAUAGAAAGGUCAAAAGGCAAGUUGAAGAUGGUGGUUCAACGAGAUGAACGAGCAACUCUUUUGAAUGUCCCAGAUCUUUCUGACAGCGUUCAUUCUGCUAAUGCUUCAGAAAGAGAUGACAUUUCAGAAAUUCAGUCGCUGGCAUCAGAUCAUUCCAACCGAUCACAUGACAGGCCCCGCCGCAGUCGUUCACGAUCUCCUGACCAGAGGUCAGAGCCUUCAGACCAUUCCAGACAUUCUCCACAGCAGCCCAGCAACGGCAGUCUCCGGAGCAGAGAAGAUGAGAGAAUAUCAAAACCAGGAGCUGUCUCUACACCUGUAAAGAAUGCAGAUGAUAUCCCUGUUUCUAAAACCAUGGAGGAGGCUAUAGUUGAAAGAAAUGAAAAACAAACUCCACCUCUGCCAGAGCCAAAGCCAGUGUAUGCUCAAGCUGGACAGCCAGAUGUGGAUUUACCAGUCAGUCCAUCAGAUGGUCCUUUACCCAAUUCAGCUCAUGAAGAUGGAGUGCUUCGGCCAAGCAUGAAGCUGGUAAAAUUCAAAAAAGGAGACAGCGUGGGCUUGCGGUUGGCUGGUGGCAAUGAUGUAGGCAUAUUUGUAGCUGGUGUUCUGGAGGACAGCCCUGCAGCGAAAGAAGGAUUAGAAGAAGGAGAUCAAAUUCUCAGGGUAAACAAUGUAGACUUCACAAAUAUCAUCAGAGAGGAAGCAGUGCUUUUUCUGCUUGAUCUCCCUAAAGGAGAAGAGGUGACAAUUUUGGCACAGAAGAAAAAGGAUGUUUAUCGUCGCAUUGUUGAGUCCGAUGUAGGAGAUUCUUUCUAUAUCAGAACUCAUUUUGAAUAUGAAAAGGAAUCUCCCUAUGGGCUAAGUUUCAACAAAGGUGAAGUGUUUCGGGUCGUGGAUACUUUGUACAACGGCAAGCUUGGGUCCUGGCUGGCUAUUCGAAUUGGCAAGAAUCACAAAGAGGUGGAAAGAGGCAUCAUACCCAAUAAAAACAGAGCUGAACAGCUAGCUAGUGUACAGUACACACUUCCAAAGACAGCGGGGGGAGAUCGUGCAGAUUUCUGGAGGUUCCGAGGUCUACGCAGCUCAAAGAGAAAUCUCCGAAAAAGCAGAGAAGAUCUUUCUGCACAACCUGUUCAGACCAAGUUUCCUGCAUAUGAAAGAGUUGUUCUUCGAGAAGCUGGCUUUCUCAGGCCUGUAACCAUUUUCGGACCAAUUGCUGAUGUUGCACGAGAGAAACUGGCAAGAGAAGAACCAGAUAUUUAUCAAGUUGCAAAAAGUGAACCAAGAGAUGCUGGUACUGACCAACGUAGUUCUGGCAUUAUUCGUCUUCAUACAAUAAAACAGAUAAUUGACAGAGACAAACAUGCUUUAUUAGAUGUUACUCCAAAUGCUGUGGAUCGUCUGAAUUAUGCACAAUGGUAUCCCAUUGUGGUGUUCCUGAACCCUGAUUCCAAGCAGGGUGUAAAAACCAUGAGAAUGAGACUGUGUCCAGAAUCACGGAAAAGUGCCAGAAAAUUGUAUGAAAGAGCUCACAAGCUACGGAAAAAUAAUCAUCAUCUCUUCACAACUACUAUCAACUUGAAUUCAAUGAAUGAUGGCUGGUAUGGAGCACUAAAGGAAGCAAUUCAGCAGCAACAGAACCAGUUGGUGUGGGUUUCAGAAGGAAAGGCAGAUGGUGCUACAAGUGAUGACCUUGACUUACACGAUGAUCGCCUUUCCUACCUGUCAGCUCCAGGUAGUGAAUAUUCCAUGUACAGCACAGAUAGUAGACACACUUCAGACUAUGAUGACACAGAUACAGAAGGGGGUGCCUACACUGAUCAAGAACUUGAUGAAACGCUCAAUGAUGAAGUUGGGACUCCUCCAGAAUCUGCUAUUACACGGUCCUCUGAACCUGUAAGAGAGGAUUCCUCUGGAAUGCAUCAUGAAAGUCAAGCAUAUCCUCCUUAUGCUUCGCAAGCUCAGACCCAGCCAAAUCAUAGAAUCGAUUCGCCAGGAUUUAAAACAGCUGCCUCUCAAUCGAAAGCAGAAGCCUCACCUGCAGGCCCUUACCUUUCCCCGUCGCCUGAAACAAACCCUGCAACCUCAUCACCUUCUGCUGUUAAUCCUAAUGUAAACUUAACUAAUGUCAGACUGGAGGAGCCCACCUCAGCUCCUUACAACUCUUUUCAACUACAAGCUGGCCCCUUAAGAACACCAAGCACUGAGGGAGUUCACAUAAUGCUAAGAGAUCAAGAGCCAUCAUCCUUAUCACCGCAUAUAGAUCCAACAAAGGUAUACAAAAAGGAUCCAUACAUUAGCGAGGAGGCACCAAGACAGAACUACGUCUUGAAACAACCAGCAGUUAAUCAUCCAGUACAGAGACAGGAGAAAGAGACAAAUCUGAUCUAUGAAUCCCAGGUUCAGUAUGCAGAGAAACAACCCAGUAGAGAGUAUGAGCCGUCAACAUAUAGGUAUGAUUCUACGAACUAUGUAGAUCAGUUUUCCCGCGGUUAUGACCCUCGUCUACAUUAUGAUGACCGUAUGCCUCCCUAUGAGGACCAUUGGGCAUAUUAUGAUGAAAAACAGCCCUACCAGCCGAGACCACCUUAUGAUAACCAACCUCCUAGGGACUUUAACCCCAGACAAAAUGCAGAAGAGAGCACAGAACGCAGCUACUACCCAGCACAACCUCGCUUUGAAGAACCACCUCCAAUGGUUUAUGACAGUAGGCCUCGCUAUGAACAUGCACCUAAAAACUUCAGUCUACCACAACUGCGAUAUGAAGAACAGCCUCCUGCUGGAUAUGAUAUUCACAGUAGAUAUAAAUCAGAAGCUGAGACAUACCCUUCAGCAAUAUCUAAGUCUCCUGAACCUAAGCAGUACUUCGAUCCACAUAUGAGGGGCUAUGAACAAGGCCCUCCACAAGGAUUUAAUGCUAAAGCCGGACAGUAUGAACCUUCUCAUAGCACUGCAGGUGUUCCUCCUCCUCCUCCCCCACCCUCAUCACAAACCAAACCAGAAGUACUGCCUUCCAACAGUAAACCACUGCCUACACCACCAAUUCUAACAGAGGAAGAAGAAGAUCCAGCCAUGAAACCACAAUCAGUGCUAACUAGAGUUAAGAUGUUUGAAAACAAAAGAUCAGCAUCGGUGGAAAAAAUCAAGGAUCCUAAUGAUACACCAGCUGUCAAGCCUCCAGAACUAGCACCAAAACCUGCCAUUGCCACAGUGAGUGGUUCCAAACCAACCUCUCAAAAUCAGUAUGAACAUGACAAAACAAUUUACAGGGCUCCAGAACCACAGAGACCUCAAGUGAAGCCAUCUGAAGACAUAGUACGUUCAAAUCACUAUGAUCCUGAGGAAGAUGAAGAGUACUAUCGAAAGCAGCUUUCAUACUUUGAUCGCAGAAGUUUUGAAAAUAAGCCCUCUAUACAGGUUCCUGCCAGCCAUCACCCUGAGCCUGCUAAGCCAGUACAUCCUCAGAAUCAACUGAACUUCACUAACUAUUCUAAGGGGAAGCCUACUGAUGCUGAGCCCACAGAUAGACCUGGUGGUGAAAAGCGCUAUGAGCCAGUUCCUCAAGUUACUCCUCCUCCCCCACCUCCAGUACAGUAUACCCAACCUCAGUCGAUUAAUAACCCUGUCGUACUUCUUCAGGCACAUCCCAAGUCUGCACUUUCUGAGGUUAACUCUGUGUCCGUAGAUUUCCAGAAUUUCACAGUGCCCAAGCCUGACCCACCUCCAUCUCAAAAUAAACCAGCAACUUUCAGAUCUUCCAACCGAGAGGACACUGUGCAAUCUACCUUCUAUCCUCAGAAAAGCUUCCCUGACAAGAGUCCAAUUAAUGGAACUGAGCAGACUCAGAAAACAGUCACCCCGGCUUAUAAUCGCUUUACAACGAAGCCUUACACAAGUGCUGCCAGGCCAUUUGAGCGAAAGUUUGAAAGUCCUAAAUUCAACCACAAUCUACUGCCAAAUGAAACUCAACAUAAACCAGAGUUGCCCUCAAAGGCUCCAAAUUCUCCUCAACCAAUUUUAAAAGCACAUAGCUCAUUGCAGCCUUCUGAGUUUGACAGUGGAAUGGAUACAUUCUCCACGCAGGCAGACAAGCCUAAAUAUCAACCAAAUAACAUUAAUGCUGUGCCUAAAGCCAUUCCUGUAAGCCCUUCAGCACUAGAGGAUGAGGAGGAGGAGGAUGGACACACUGUAGUAGCCACAGCAAGAGGUGUUUUUAACAGCAAUGGUGGUGUAUUAAGCUCCAUAGAGACAGGAGUUAGUAUAAUUAUACCACAAGGAGCCAUUCCAGAGGGAAUAGAGCAAGAAAUCUAUUUCAAGGUCUGCAGAGAUAAUAGUAUCCUCCCACCUUUAGACAAAGAGAAAGGAGAAACACUGCUUAGCCCGUUGGUAAUGUGUGGGCCCCACGGACUAAAAUUCCUGAAGCCAGUGGAGCUGCGCUUACCACAUUGUGCGUCUAUGACCCCUGAUGGUUGGUCUUUUGCUCUAAAAUCCUCCGACUCCUCGUCGGGUGACCCCAAAACUUGGCAGAACAAGUCUCUUCCUGGAGAUCCAAACUAUCUUGUUGGAGCAAACUGUGUCUCAGUCCUAAUUGACCACUUCUAAUCCUUAAAUUAGCUGACUGAGUAAAUAAUGUGAAACUGAGAUGGACCUUACAUAUAAACUGAAUGACUCUAUCAAGUAUUAACGGAACUUACUGUUUAAGCAUCUUGCUUUAACUAACAAUGGUUAGCAAGUACACUCUUGAACCAUGGUCAGAAUACAUGCCACAAACAGGAAGUAUACUAUGGAAACAACGUGGGGUUCUUGUGGGUUCCGAAUGUUGGGGGUUUCUUUUUGUUUUGUUUUGGUUUUUUUAAAUGGACACAGCUAGUGUUUCAUUGUUAAAACUUUAAAGUAUCAAUGAAGUACCAAUGGAAUAGAUACAGAAGAAUUGAAUUUGGUUCAUAGUCCACUGGUUGAACUACAGAAUUUGGCUUUUUUUUUUUUUUUUUUUUUUUUUUUUUUUUUAACUUGGGGGUGGUUUGGUGGUUUUUUGUUUUUUUUUUUAAACUUUUGUGUUAAAAUACACCCUACUAUACUUCCAUCUCUGGUUUUUAGAUGGCUCUUUUGGUGUACAUGUCCCAUAAAGUAGCGGUAAACUUUUGACUAGCACAACUUGGAUGUUUUCCUCUACUGUGAGGCUUAUAAAAAGCACGUCUACUUACUGUACAUGAAAACAUUACUUUUCUUUGUCAUGGGAAAGAUAGAAAGCAUGUGAGAUGACUAUGGUUCAGUUGCCUCUGUGGAUUUGUAAAUUAACCAACACGUUACUACAGACAUAUUAACCAGCAGGGAUGCCUUACCCUCAUGUUUUUAAUAGUCUUAGUUCUCUGUAUUACUAAGUUUGUAUGGCUUUUGUGCUUAACUAGAUAAUAUAUCAUGAAACAGAUUGAUAAAGUGACUUAUUGUGAACUUGCUGGUUUAGAGAACAAGUAUUGUUUGUGUUGAUCAACCAGAAGUGAGCCAGAAGAAAAUGAUGGUAUGUUUUCUGCUAUGCAUUUGAAAAUUUAUAGAUGUUAUAGAAUGCCUGUAUAUAAAGCGUGCAUACCACUUUUGUUCUUGGUUUGUAAAUUAACUUUUAUAAGCUUUACCUUUUUAUAUAUAAAUAUAUAUAAAAACAAAACAAAGUUUCUUAAGGAUAUCUUUGUAUUCUCAUACCUUUUGAGCCUUGAACUUUGACAUCUGCAGCAAUAAAGCAGCAUUUCUACAAUAUACAAACAAGGACUUUUUUUUUAAAUGCACAAUGUUGUUACCUUUUUAAGUGCUGCAUUUGAAGAAUAUAACUCGGAAUUCUCUAGUUUGAUUAAAAUCUUGAAAAAUAUCCCUACUGUAAUUUGUGAUAAGGAUGCUAUUACUAUGUGCCCUGAAAUGUAUUUUUUUACUAAUAGACAAUUUAUUAUGGCACAUCAGCACUACUACUGUUUAGAUAAUAUACCACUGCAUUCUGUUAAUCAGUUAUUAGCUAUUCAGGUGUGGCUGAUUUUUUUCUUUGCAGUUAUUAAAAUUACACAUUUCUAAAUAUACAGAAUAAAAUUGUUUUUAAAAU